AUGGAUCCUGAAUUAAAUCCAACAACAGCUGGCAACUCACUGAUGUAUCAAGCCAUCGAAGAUGACAAAUUGGAAGACCUUGUAUUGUUAUUAGAAAGUGGAAUUGAUGUAAAUGAACCGAUAAUAACAACUGGAGAAUUUGCUGGAUUCACAGCAUUGCAUGUUGCAUGCAUGAAAAAUAAAGAUCACUUGGUGGAUUUACUAGUUGAUGAUUAUAAAGCAGAUGUCAAUGUAAUGGCUGCUGACGGGACUCAACCUAUUCUUUUGGCUUGUUUUCAUGAACCACUAGUUGACUUGUUAUUCUGGCCUUUAGACCCAAAAACAGCCCGUAAAGUAAAAUCAUUGGUUAAAGCUAAUGCAAAUGUUGAUGUUGAAUUUGGACAAGAAAUUUUUUCAAAACACAUCAGAGACAGAGAAUGGUGUCCCGAUUUUGGUGACAAAAUGCCACUAGUUGCAUAUACUAUUAUUUACGAUAAACCAAAAUUAAUUAAACAUUUAAAAAAAGUCAACUUAGACAUUAUAAGCUUAACAAAUAAAACAUUGCUGAUGUGCGCUGCUGAAAGAGACCGUUUAUAUUACAUUCCAGAUAUUUUGUCAAAUGUUGAAGAUCCUGAAUUGAGGGAUAAGUUGAUAAACUACCGCGAUAACGAUGAUGUACCGCUAACUCAUUAUCCAUUCCAUCCUAAAAAAUAUGGAAAAUUUCGAUAUCAUGAAACUACGAUGUACGCUGAGGACUAUAUCGGUGAGGAAUUUAUGUCUGAAGUAUUAUCAGACUUGGGGACUGACCUGUACGCACUGAUAAACAAUGACCCAGCGACAUUCUUGCCCAAUCUAUCAGCUUACAGAGGUUGUCCAGAGCUACUGAGGGAUGCUUUGCCUUUUUAUACUUCUAUGUCGUUAUCUAGGGUUUUAUACUACGCCUCGCUUCAUAUAGAUGAAAAUUCUGAGGAUUUAGUAUUUAGCAUUUCGGAAGUUGAGCGAAUUGAUUCUCUAUUGGCAAUCAGAGAAAAUCGAAAAGAUUGUAUAGAAAUUGCUUUAAAAGAUCUGGUCUUUAGGAGUGUAUUCAGAUUACCUGGUCCAGAAGAAGAAAUAAAAUUGAUGGAGAAAUUAGUUGCCAAUGACGAAAAACUCAGAGAGACUGUAAAUAACUACAAAAUAAAUUUCAUUGAAAAAGAAUUACAGGACAGUUUUAUUGAAUUCGGUGAUUAUAAAAUGACAAUAUAUGAUUUUUUGAUGCAAGUUUUUGAUAAUAAAAAAUUAAAAAUUUUGGCUCGAGAAGAGAAUUUACUGGAUGCCCUAGAUAAAGUUUUCAAGGAGCGUUCUGAUGACUAUAAUUUCUAUGUGAACUAUUAUAAUCCAAUUAAAACCAGGAUAAAAGAGGCUAAGGAAAGAUUAAGACAUCUCGAGAAUUUGAAGAAAAUUUCAUCACUCAGAAAAGCUAUACCGUUACCGUAUGAACUGGCGCGCAGUAGCCUAUCGGAUCCGGCCCUUGCUUACCAAAGCAUUGGACCGGGUUCGAGUCCGGCGUACACCAAUGAAUAUUUUCAAUAUUUAAGUGUAUUAUUCUGCUCAGCCCAAGAAAUAAAACGAGUUCCAAUCUCAAAAGUUUACCCCCUACCGUAG